AUGUUGCAGAGGGCCUUCGGAGAAUCGACUAUGUCGCAGAAAAAUGUUUAUAAGUGGUACAAAGACUUCAAAGAAGGCAGAGAACGUACUGAUGACUUGGAACGCCCCGGACGACUAUCAACGUCAAUUGAUGAGCAACACGUGAAGAAAAUCAAGGAAUUGGUGCUCGAAAAUCGUCGAUUGACAAUUAGAGACCUUGUCGAUAUGGUUGGCAUUUCAUUUGGUUCAGUUCAAACAAUUUUGAAGGAUCACUUGGGCCUUAGAAAACGAGAAGGAGGCCAGAGAAUAGUGAUAUAUCGACUUACUACUGAGAUGCUCAUCGUUGGAGGUCCUCCGGCCAGGAUGUGCAAGGUUGAUGAUGUUUCUUUAGCACUGACUCUACUGGAGAAAAAGGGCUUCGAGAAUCGGAUGUAA